CACACUUCACUUCUCACUGCAGGUAAGGCGUAUGAAAGUUAUUUUUAACCACAGUAGCACCAGUGUUAAAGUGAAGCUACACCGGAAUAAUUUAGGUUUUGAUAUUCUUAAGGUUGAAAAGUAGGAAUACUGCUGAACUGCAAGCAAGUGUUAGGCACGAUGAUGCAGCUGAACACUAUACGGUUUGCAGUUUUAUGUUACCUUACGAUUUUGGCGGGUGCAUCAACUUACACAGAGGAAGAUCUAGUAGAUAUGCUGAAAGAUGGUUUCAGAAAUGUUGAUAGAGAGACAAUUGAUGGUGAAGUUACGGUAGAAUAUGGAAGUAUACCGACGUGGCUAUCAGGAAACUUUAUGCGUCAUGCUUGUGGUGUAUUCGGUGAAACUGACAAUAUGAAUGACACGUUACCAAAUUACAUUGAACAUCUGUUUGAUUGUAUGGAAAUUGGCAGCAAGUUCCGUGUGGAAAAUGGCAAGAUCACAUUUACACAGAGAUGGUACGAUACUACUCUUAAUGAUAUAUAUAAUAUUUAUGGUCGGGAAAUGAACGAAUCGAGCUUCUUCAUACAGUCUACAUUCUCGAAAGUAAAUAAAGCACAGUUUGACAAAUGGGAGGCAAAUUUAUCUGAUACAUCAAAAGUUGCACAGGUACCUUCUGUAAGCUGGUGGCAGAUUGGCAAUGAAGCUGUAGCCAUGACGGAAAUUCCCAUUGGUGUAAUCAUCGACACUCAUGGUGUUUCCCAGAAAGGAUGGAUACAGUAUAAAGAUAAUAAUAUGGGAAUACCGGACACACCACAGUACGGCUUCACAAACAAUCCGGCUCAUGAGCACACGGAAUCAGACGGAACACUAUGGAGUGCUUUGGUUGUCACGAACUUUGUCUCAAAAACUCGUCUUAAGAUAAGACGACUAGUGUAUAAAGUGGGUGCCGACAAAUUUCGACAUGUAGUUGGAACUUACAACUAUGAGGACGCAGAUCUCAGUAGAUGCAAGGGACACAACCCAUACCCCGACUUCAGUUCCAGAUUCGGAUACAUGCACUCGUUCAGCAUGACUGAAAACUAUAUAAUCCUACCGGAAACAGCAUACAUGCACGAUCCCUGUUUCUAUAGACAUUAUGAAAAAUACGCGCCAUUUUUUCAACAAGGUUUUCGUUAUGAACCUAGUGGAUUCACGAAACUGUUGGUGAUGCGGAAGUCUGAUGGAGUAUUUAUUGCUAACAUCACCAUGCCGCCGUUCUUUGUAACUCAUCAGGUAGGAUCUUACGAAGACGGAGACCUGAUACACAUGGAUAUGCUUACAUACAAAGAUGCUGAUAUCUACACGGUGUCCACAUAUAUAAAAAACCUUAAUACACCAUACACUACCAAUGUCUCAAGAGUAACAAUCAAUAUGACAGACUUCACAGCGAGCAUGCGCAGUCUGAGAAAUCCAGCACGUGACCCCGCUGCUUUCGAGAUGUCAAACAUAAACUAUGCUUAUAAUGGAAAGAAAUACAAGUACGGAUACAUGGCAAGAAAUUUUGAUCGGAAAGAAAGAAAUGCAAUAACAAAGCUCAGCGUGGAUACAGGGGAGGAAAUCCAGUACACAUUUCCCGAGGGAAUGUUUGUUCAGGAACCACAGUUCGUCCCCAGUCCAAACUCCACUGCUGAAGAUGAUGGGGUAGUUAUAGCACAAGGCUUAGAUGGCCGUAAACACAAAGCAUUCAUGGUAAUAGUUGACGCCAGGACAAUGGAGUUGAUAAGUCAUGUGACCGCUCCAGAUCUCGCCUUGUUUGGUCUACAUAACAGAUUUUAUCCUCUCGAUGUUGGGAAGACGGACACAGCACCAAGCCAGUCUCUCAAUGCUAUCCUCGUGUUGUUCUUACUUUGCUUGCAUAUAAUACUACACACUGGGAACUGAAACAGUUGACAAAAAUAAAGUUUCAAGCCCAUAACACAGAAAACAAAUAUGCAAUGUAUAAUUCUCUGUGUUUUAUACUGACUAUUGUGGAAUAAUAUAUCAAACUGAACAAUGUCAAAUAUUAACCAGAAACAUCAUGUAUGUACAGGAACAGGCAAGCAUGAUGGAUGCAGGGGAACCAGGAUCAGGCAAGCAUGAUGGAUGCAGGGGAACCAGGAUCAGGCAAGCAUGAUGGAUGCAGGGGAAUAUGAUUAUUCAUACAAAAGACCUUAGAUACUGAUUUAAAAAUCAUUAAAACGAUUUAACUUUACAUACAGAAUAUAACACUGAAUAUACAGAGUUACACGAGAAGAACGUGGGUUUAGUUAUUCUUGAAACAGUAGUAUCCUAAUAAAUCAGGCUCGGUUCAAUAUGAUUAUCUCUUCGUACUUCUGAUAUCAGAAGUAUUGAGUCAUGUUACGGAUCUAUAUAAUUUUUCACGUUGUCAGAAUAAUUUGUAUAUCUGAUAUAUUGAUAACGUAAUACAUAAAUUAAGUACA